AUUCAAGUACAAUCCUGAGUACAUUUCUGAUGGUAAAGAAAAAUACAAUUGCAGAAAUAUUUAAAUAAUUGCGAAUAGGGAUCUCAAAUAAGAUUUAAAACAUUAAAAAUUUAUUUCUAAGACGCAUAACAAGACAAACGCAACGUUGGAGUUCCCAUAUUAUAGAAUGCCACAGCCGGAAAUCAAGCGGGAGAGGAAGUCUUCGGGGUACAUGUCUGGAAAUCAUUGGAAUCAAGCUCCUCUCUCGCCUUGUCCGUUUCCAGAUAUCAGCGAUGAAGAACUGGUGUCGAUUUCUGUUCGUGAUCUUAAUCGUACAUUGAAACUUCGUGGUCUAAAUCGUGAUGAGAUUGUGAGAAUGAAACAACGUCGUAGAACAUUGAAGAACCGCGGAUAUGCAGCUUCAUGCAGAAUAAAACGCAUCGAACAAAAAGACGAGCUGGAGACAGAAAAAUCACAAGUAGUUGAUGAAUGGAAAGAUAUUGAAAUGAUGAAUGAAGACAACAUGAGAAUCCGAGAUGAAGUUGAUAUUAUUCGAGCCAAGUACACAGCAUUGAAAAAGUUUGCACACGAAAAGAAAAUUUCGCUUCCUCCUGAAUUAGAAAAUCUUUAAAAAUUCUUGAAAACUUUUUAUGGUGGGAGUUUAUUAAUUAAAAUUUUUAUGAUUAAGAAUUGAUUUCAUUCCUAAAUUAGUUGUAAUUUCAUGAAUUUAUGUAAAUUUGACGUCUUAGUGUUAAUAAAUAUAAUUAUACCUGAAUGAA